AUGGAAGCGAGCUCACCACAGGAGAACACCCCAACCAAUCAGCUGGAAGCCGCGUGGAAGGCCCGCCCCUUCCGGGGAGGCAGGAGGGAGGGGCGGUGUUGGUGGAUUUCAGUCGGGGCUGGGACCACGUGGCGGCACAGAAGCCCCGGGCCUGGCGCGCUGGUCUCUGCUCGAGGACAGCCGGGCUUCCCUCUCCUGGCACGGACACGUGUCCUCUCUCCAGUGCCUUUAAUAGAUACCGAAUGCCCAGACGGGGGCCAGGUGAAGGGACCCCCCCGCACUGGGUUUGACCCGUCCCAGCCCUCCGAACGGACCCGCCAGGAGUUGGUGACCUUCCAGGAUGUGGCUGUGGAUUUCACCCAGGAGGAGUGGCGCCUCUUGGACCAUUCUCAGAGAGAGCUGUACAAGGAGGUCAUGCUGGAGAAUGUCCAGAACCUGCUCUCUGUGGGAUUUCCAGUUUCUAGAGAAGAUUUGCCUUCCCCUUUCCAGGAAGGGGAAGCACCAGGGAUGGUAGAAGAAAAAGGUGCAAGGAGCUCCUGUCCAGGUGCAGAGACCAGGUUUGAAGUGAAGGAGAUGACUACAAAGGUGGACAUUCUUGUGGAAGAAUGUUUCUAUCAGAGAUUUCAGAGUAAAAAUGGUGCCUGUGACUUCAGUUUGAGAGACAUCUGUGGCUCUAAUACCAAGGUGGAUAAAAAUACUAAGAGUAUCUGGAAGUUUGGUGAAAUUGGAGAGGCCUUCACACAGUCUUCAGUCUUAAAUAACAGGAAGAGAAGGACUUCAUGGAAUGAAGGUGUUCAGGACAGUGAAGAUAAUAAAUGGUUUCCUCAACAACUAAAGGCUCAUGAGAAGUCUCUACAAAUGCAAAUGGAUCAAGGUAAUCAUCUGGAAAUGGCCUUGAAUUUAAAUUCUGAUCUCAUUAGACAUCAGAAAAGUGACACUGGAGAAAUGCCUUAUGUAGCUGACAAACAUGGGAAGGCCUUCAGUCAGAGCUCUAAGCUCAUUACUCUUCAGAAAAUUCACAGUAGAAAGGAGCCUGUUGAAUACAAUGAAUGUAAAGCAACCUUCUCCCUUCACUCAUCUCUUCCUUGCCAUGCUGGAUUUGACCAUGGAAUGAAAAGAUAUGCAUGUCAUCAUUGUGGAAAGGCCUUUGCUUCAAACUCAGAUCGUAUUAGUCAUCAGAACAUUCACACUGGAAAAAAGUUUUAUGAAUGUAAUGAGUGUGGAAAGACUUUCACACGGGAAUGGCUUCUUGUUCAUCAGAGAAUCCACACUGGAGAGAAACAUUAUGAAUGUAAUGAGUGUGUAAAGACUUUCAUAAAGAGUUCCCUUCUUGCUAAGCAUCAGAGAAUCCACACUGGAGAGAAACCUUAUGAAUGUAAUCAGUGUGGAAAGGCUUUCACAGAGAGAUCCAGUCUUGUUAGACAUCAGAGAAUCCACACUGGAGAGAAACCUUUUGAGUGUAAUCACUGUGAGAAGGCUUUCACUGAGAGGUCCACUCUUGCUAAGCAUCAGAGAAUCCACACUGGAGAGAAAACUUAUGAAUGUAAUCAAUGUGGAAAGAUUUUCAGAAGGAGUUCCAAUCUUGCUAAGCAUGAGAAAAUCCACACUGGAGAGAAAACUUAUGAAUGUAAUUAUUGUGGAAAGACUUUCACAAAGAGUUCCCUUCUUGCUGAACAUCAGAGAAUCCACACUGGAGAGAAACCUUACGAAUGUAAUCAGUGUGGAAAGGCUUUUGCACAGCUUUCCGGUCUUUCUAACCAUCAGAAAGCCCACACUGGAGAGAAACCUUUUGAAUGUUUUCAGUGUGGGAAGACUUUCAUACAGAGUUCUCAUCUUGCUGCACAUCAGAGAAUCCACACUGGAGAGAAACCAUUUGAAUGUCAUCAGUGUGGGAAGGCUUUCACAAUGAGGUCCACUCUUGUUGCACAUCAGAGAAUCCACACUGGAGAGAAACCUUUUGAGUGUAAUCACUGUGAGAAGGCUUUCACAGAGAGGUCCACUCUUGUUAAGCAUAAGAGAAUCCACACCGGAGAGAAACCUUUUGAGUGUAAUGACUGUGGAAAGACUUUCACAGAGAAUUCUAGUCUUACUAAGCAUAAAAGAACCCACACUGGAGAGAAACCUUACGAAUGUAAUCAGUGUGGAAGGGCUUUCACAUCGAGCUCUAAUCUUUCUGCACAUCAGAGAAUCCAUGCUGGAGAGAAACCUUAUAAAUGUUAUCAGUGUGGAAAAGCUUUCACACAGAGUUCCAGUCUUCAUAAGCAUAAGAGAAUCCACACUGGAGAGAACCUCUUGAAUGCAAUCUAG